AUGAAGGCCGCGCUCCUCGCGUUGCUGUCCACCGGCAGCGCGCUCCGCGUGCCGCGCCGCGCCGUCGCCGGCGCCGUCGCCGGCGCCCUCACGACACCGUACGUGCCGCUGGCGGCGCGCGCCGCGGACGCCCCCGACGCGCUCUUCCCGGCGUCCAUCUACGAGGGCACGUGGGUCACCGAGCGCAAGAUCAACGUCCAGGAGGGCGACGCGGCCGCGGCCGCGGCGGCGAUGAAGGCGCUCGGCAACACGGGGCCCUACGAGAUGCUCAAGAAGGAGGCCUACGAGGCGCGGUUCCAGCCCCUCGCCGCUCCCGAGCCCGCGUGGGUCAAGCGGAACCUCUUCCCCCAGUGGGCCUCCGACAAGGGCGGCGUCGUCGGCACGGACCGCGUCUUCGAGCUCGAGAGCCGCGGCGCGUCGUCCGUCUCCGUCUCGGGCGACGUGCUCUCCUUCGCGGCCAAGGACGGCACGAAGCACGCGCUCAAGCUCGUCGACCGCAAGUCCGAGGACAUCGGCCGCGGCCAGAUCGGCUACACGGAGACCUACAUCAUUGACGGCAAGGUCGCGGCGAAGCUCUCGCGCGGCUUCCGCCCCGCGCCCGCGGCGCCCAUGUUCGGCGGCACGGAGAAGGUCGAGACCUUCGACGUCACGAACGGCGUCAUCGGCGCGACGCCGACGUCGACGACGAAGUCGCGCCUCCAGUACGAGCGGCCCGAGGUCGCCCAGAGGACGGGCUUCGGCCGCCUCCAGAGCCUCCUCUGCGACCCGACGGCGCUCGACGCGGCGUCGCCCGCGAACGUCGAGGCCGCGCGCCUCAUGGCGACGGACCGCGCGGCCUUCGACGCGCGGAGCCGCGCGGACGCCGACGCGAGCCUCGACUUCUACCGCCGCGGCGACGGGCCGGUCCAACCCGAAAGCCCGCCGCCGCCGGAGCCCGAGGACGCGCUCGGGGACGACCUUGACGCGGAGGACGAGCGGCGCCUCGCGUCGCUCUCCGUCUCCCGCAACGUCACGAUGAUGGGCAGUAAGAAAUGA